AUGCUGAGCUAUCCCUGCCAUAGUGUGGACGGGACACCUGCUGCCUCCCACGGCAACAGGGUGCUUGUGCUUGCGGCAACAUCUGGGGGUGCCACCGGAAGACCUGCGCCACUGUUGCCUGGACAGGACAUUCCAGAGAGUCCCGAAGAAGAGCAAGUGACUCUUUCCAGUGGUGGCCUGGUGACACACCGUCCCCCAGUCUUCGACCCAUGCUUUGCUGGAGCCUCCAACAUCUGUGGCCCUGGGACCUGUGUGAGCCUCCCAAAUGGAUACAGAUGUGUCUGCAGCCCUGGCUACCGGCUACAUCCCAGCCGCGACUACUGUACCGAUGACAACGAGUGUCUGAGGGACCCCUGUGCGGGAAGAGGGCGCUGUGUCAACAGUGUGGGCUCCUACUCCUGCCUCUGCUACCCCGGCUACACACUGGCCAUCCUGGGAGACACACAGGAGUGCCAAGAUAUUAAUGAGUGUGAGCAGCCUGGGGUGUGCCAUGGUGGACGAUGCAGCAACACUGAGGGCUCGUACCACUGUGAGUGUGACCAGGGCUACAUCAUGGUCAGAAAAGGACAGUGCCAAGAUAUCAAUGAAUGCCAUCACCCUGGUACCUGCCCUGAUGGGAGAUGCGUCAAUUCCCCUGGUUCCUACACUUGUUUGGCCUGUGAAGAGGGCUACACAGGCCAGAGUGGGAACUGUGUAGAUGUGAAUGAGUGUCUGACCCCGGGGAUCUGUGCCCAUGGAAGGUGCAUCAACAUGGAAGGCUCCUUUAGAUGCUCUUGUGAGCCAGGCUAUGAGGUCACCCCGGACAAGAAAGGUUGCCGAGAUGUGGACGAGUGUGCAAGCCGAGCCUCGUGCCCCACCGGCUUGUGCCACAACACCCAGGGUUCCUUCAGAUGCUCAGCCUGUCAGAGUGGGUACUGGGUGAAUGAAGAUGGCACUGCCUGUGAAGACCUCGAUGAAUGUGCCUUCCCUGGAGUCUGCCCCACAGGAGUCUGCACCAACACUGUGGGCUCCUUCUCCUGCAAGGGCUGCAACAAGGGUUAUAGGCCCAGCCCUCUGGGCAACAGCUGUGAAGAUGUGGACGAGUGUGAAGGUCCCCAGAACAGCUGCCUGGGAGGAGAGUGCAAGAACACAGAGGGCUCCUACCAGUGCCUCUGUCCCCAGGGCUUCCAGCUGGCCAAUGGCACCUCGUGUGAGGACGUGGACGAGUGUCUUGGGGAGGAGCACUGUGCUCCUCAUGGCGAGUGCCUCAACAGCCAGGGGUCUUUCUUCUGUGUCUGUGCGCCCGGCUUUGCCAGUGCUGAGAGGGGCACCAGAUGCCAGGAUGUGGAUGAAUGUGCAGCCGCAGACCCAUGUCUGGGAGGGAACUGUGUCAACACGGAAGGCUCCUACAACUGUCUGUGUGAGACUGGCUUCCAGCCCUCCCCAGAGAACGGAGAGUGUGUAGAUAUUGAUGAGUGUGAGGGUGACGCAGACCCAGUAUGCGGAGCCUGGAGGUGCGAGAACAGCCCUGGUUCCUACCGCUGCAUCCUAGGCUGCCAGCCUGGCUUCUACAUGGCCCCAACUGGAGACUGCAUUGACAUAGAUGAAUGUGCCAACGACACUGUGUGUGGGAGUCACAGCUUCUGUGACAAUACGGACGGCUCCUUCCGCUGCCUGUGUGACCAGGGCUUUGAGACCUCACCCUCUGGCUGGGAGUGUGUUGACGUGAACGAGUGUGAGCUCAUGCUGGCGGUAUGUGGCGAAGCACUCUGUGAGAACGUGGAAGGCUCCUUCCUGUGCCUUUGUGCCAGCGACCUCGAGGAGUAUGACACCCAAGAAGGACACUGCCGUCCUCGGGCGACUGGAGGUGAGACCUGGAAGACUCAUGGGCCCCUUCCCUCCUGCCGCUUUCCGUGA